ACAAAUGACACUGACAACUCAAAAUAAAAAGCGCGAAAUGAAAAUCUGAAAGCAUCUAUCUCAUAGAGAUAUUAAUCUAUCUAUUGCUCUACCUAGUCUGGAACUUCUGGAAUUGGAAGCAACUUGAAGCACGUCUCGAAGAUUGUGUCUUUAUUGAUAUCGUAAAUUGGAAUCACUAACUGUUAUAUUGAUUGAUAGAGGAUACUAAAACACUACGUAUGAUUGUGUUUGAAAAAUCUCGCACAUAGUAUCUCUAUUCUUCAGACUUCUGGCUUAAUUUCAAUGCAGCAGCUAUGAAUUUAAAGGACUUGGACAUAAUAAAGUUAAGAAAAUAUGUAACACAUCUGUUAGACAGUGUAACUUGUAUUAAUUGUUGUAAAUUCUAUCUAGUUCCAACUACAGCGACAUGCGGACAUACAUUAUGCCAUACUUGUUGGCGGAUACGACGCUCCUGUCCUACAUGUGCAACAGAAGUUGAUAAAAAGGCUUUAAGAUUAAAUUCACCAUUACAGAGUCUAACUGAACAUGUUAUUAAAUUGAGACAUACCUUUGAAUCUCUAUUUGACAUACAGUUGGAUUAUUAUACCAUGGAUACUGAUGAACAACAACAUGUCAAAGAGUGGUUAGCAAGUUCUGAAAAUCAGUUUUCAGCUCCAGUAACUAGUUCUCAACAAUGCUCAGAAGAAACAGUCAAGCCAGCACCACAGAAACACCUGAUUACAAGUGAAAUUCAAGUACAUACUAUAAAUCAAAAGGUAAAAGUACCAGCAAGACAACCCAUAAAAUUGACUAUUCAACAAGACGAUUGGGACAAAAUUGAAGAAAUGCCAGAAAUAGAAACAAAUAAAAGUCUUGAAAAUGCUGUAGGCCCUAUGGAUAUAGAAACAUUUAAUUUUUUAAUUGAUGAUGAAGACUAUAGUGCAAAUAACCCUCGUAGAAGUUCGAGAAAUAAAGAGUUACAAAGUAGCAAACCACCUAUAACAAAUGAUGUUUCCUCAGAUAAAGAAAGUGGGAAAAAUUUCAAUAUGAAUUCAGAUAACAAAUUCGGUCAAAGUUGGAAAAAUGUUAAAAGAAUGAGAAAAGAGUUCAGCAAAUUGAACAAGAAGAACAAAAACAAAUUAAACAUAUCUAUUGAAAUGUGUAAGAAAGCAAAACUUGCUGUAAAUAAAGGAGCUUUAUCUAACUCACAACAAGUGUCUCAUACUAUUGAUGAAAACACACCUGAUAUUGCUGCUAUUGGUGAUAUCGUAACUAAAAAUACAGGUUUGAAUAAUGACCAUCGAAUAAAUACAGAUAUUUCCAAAACUCUGCAGUGUAAUGCUUUAAGUACAGAUAAUAUUUCAAAUAAAACUGCAUUAGCGCAAAUUCAUGUAAAUCAUAAAGAUUUAGAUUUGCAGAAUAAAAGUAUUGAAAAGAUUGAACAAAAUAAUCAGAAUCUUACAGCUUCUAAAGUAAGUUUUUUUAAGAAGGGGCCUCUUUUAAACCAGACCUCUUUGCAAACCACAUAUAUAGAUACAAACAAAACACACGUUAUUAAUGUAGAUAAUCCCAAUGUUAAAAAUAAAAACACUGAUAAAGUUGGUACAGGUGACAUUGAAAUUAUUAUUAAAAUAGGUAACACUUUGACGAAUAUUUGUAUACAGAAAAAAGAAAACGAAGUGCAGUAUAAAAUUAAAACUGAUCGUGAAGUUCAGACUUCCUUGGGCAAUUCUGUAGUAGAGAAUGAAGACAAUAUGCAAAGUUUAGUAAAUCAUAAAAAACAACAUAAUAUUGAAACGGAUAACACUAAUAAUGUUGUAAAGGUGCCUAAAGGUGUUCCUGUAUCUACUCAACAUCAUACAUCAAAAGCGCAAAUUGACAAAUCAAUGUCUCCAAAGAAAAAUACUACAUCUGCAGAUACAUCUACAGCCUGCUUUGAAAUUAGUGCCAGUGAAGAAAAAGAAUUUGCAGAUCAUAUGACAAAUGCCCCAUUUGUAAACAAACAGGGGAAAAGUGAAUUUCAAAAAUCAUUGUCUAAACCAGAUUGCACUAUUACUACUACUAUCACUACCACCACUACCAUUAGUACUACUACUAAUACGACUACAACUUCAAAAAGUAAAAAUGAUCAGCUCUUACUUAAAAAUAUGGAAAUAGUUUCUGAAGAUCUAGAAUUUUUAAAUGACUUCGAUAUCUUUGAUGCUGAAUCUGUAAAAGAAGCCAAUAUUCAGUCACUAAAAUCUACUAAAAGCAUGUCUUCUGCUAUAAUUAUGCCUACGAUCAAAAGUAAGUCAACAUCACAAAAGAAAACUAAUAAAAGGGACCGAGACAUGUAUGAUACAGAAGAGCUCUCAAAUAAUAAAAAAAGUAAAAUUUCACAAGGAAGUUUUGCAGAUAAAAAAACAGAACAGAAAGUUUUAGAAGAAAAUAAUGUCAAAAAUGCAGAGAGUGAAAAUAUUAAUUAUGAUGCAAUCAUGAGUAAGGUGUUUGCCAACAUAAACGCUGAUAUGGAAAACUUGCCAAAAACUGGUACCAGUAGCCGAAUGUGCACUCAAAUAAGCAAUACUCAAAAAAGUAAUAUUAACAAUUUUGCACAACCAAUAAAACCUAAUAUUAAACAAGAUAAUAAAAAUAAGACAUGCAAUCAAACAUCUUGCAAAGAAGCAGACCAAAAGUGUAGUGAAAAUGUGUUUACUUUGCUAGACAAGGAAGAGGGUAAUUUUGAAAUAUUUGAAACAACUUUUCAUAAGUCACUUAGUCAAACUCAGCACCGCAAAGAUAAUGUAGCAACAGAAAGAGAGCCCAUAGUUCACAUGGCGAUUGAAAAUAAAGUGGCAUCACCUAAUAACAUGGACAUUGUCGAAUAUGGCACACCCAUGCAGGAUGAUGACGAUAAAAGCGUCGUUGAGGAAACUCCCCAGAAGAAUACCUCUUUUGUAAAAACUAAGAGUAAGAAUGAAGCACCAACUUCAACUGACAAUGCAGUUGCUGAAUGCCACUCACUGAAAAAGGACAAAUCGUUCAAUGAGACCAGCAAACAGCAAAAAGACAAAGACGAUUCAAUGAUCGUCAUUAGUGUAUCAGAUUCCGCGGGUGAUGUAACUGAAGGACGGAAAACAACCUUGGAGACCCCUUUAACAAUAAACAAGUUCGUCAACAAAAUUACAUGCAACUCGACACCUUUGGCAAAGAAAUCACUGGACUUUAGCAGUCAAAACGCUGACAAUGAUCCUGAAGAAACCAUCUGCCCAAGCGCAGUGGUGGUUGCCAAAACUACGCAGGAAAGGGAGUUUAUGAACAAAGCUUUUGAGCAUACUUUAGAGCCGAUUUCACAAACCUUGUGUGCGGGAAUGCAACGUCGGAGAGCGAAGUUCUGUGUGGCUGGCUCGUGCCUCAUGGCCAGCGAGCAGGCAAUGUUGAAACAGCUCUGCUUUCAGAUGAACUGGACGUACGUCGACAAGUAUACUAAGGACUUGACUCAUCUGGUAGUUGGGGUGGAUAAAGAGAAUAGAUCGCAGAGAUCUGUAAAGUACAUGUGCGCCUUGGCAAGCUCAAAGUGGAUCGUUACAUUUGCGUGGGUGGAAAGGUGCCUUUCGGACAAUGGGUUCGUAGACGAAGAACCCUUCGAGGCACUGGACGCGAUGGGCGAGCCGGCCCCGCGCCGCUCGCGCCUCGCCAAGACCAAACUGCUGCAAGGCAUCACGUUCUACUGCAUGGGACCAUUCUCUAUCAUCGGUAUCGACACCCUGAAGGAUGUCCUGGAGGCGGCGGGCGGGCGCGUGGUGGACGACCCGCGCGAUCUGCAGGCUUGCAGAGCGCCCGCCAUGCUGCUGGCCGAGCCCGAGAACACCCAGGAGAGCCGAUUCACAUAUCUAGCUAUGACAUUAAAAAUCGUGCCGAUGAACUACGAAUGGGUACUCAACUGCUUGGGCACAUACACUCUGAAGCCUAUAUUUGAUCUUUUGCUGUGUCCGGCCACGCUGCUACCAUCGGCCAUUUCUAACUGGCCGUCUGAAUUAAUAUCGUCAUGUGAUGACUGAAGAAUAAUAACUUCUUUUUUCGAAGUGAAUUUUAUGAACGUGUAGGCCCUACUUCUUAGACACGUAUCCGGCCACUAUGUUACCAUCAACCAUUUCUUACUGGCCAUCUGAUGAUCUGAAUUAAUGUCGUCGUGUGAUGACUGAUGAAUAAUAAUGCUUUUUAUGUCAAUUUUAUGAAUGUGUAGACUAUAUUUUUUAGGCACAUACACUUUGAAGCCAACGUUUUUAAAGUAUCUGGCCACUGUGUUACCAUCAGCCAUUUCCUACAAUUGGCCAUCUGAAUUAAUACCAUCAAGUGAUAACUAGUGAAUGAUUCUUUUUUAUGUCAAUUUUAUGAAUAUGUGGGCCCUGCUUUUUAGCAUGUACAUUUUGAAGCCAAUAAUUUGGUUUUUAAAGUAUCUGGCCACUAUGUUCCCAUCAACCAUUUCUUAUGGCCGUCUGAAUCAAUAUCGCCAUGGGAUGACUGAUGAAUAUUUUAUUUUUGAUAUCAAUUUUAUGAACGUGUAGACCCUACUUAGGCACGUAUCCGGCCACUAUGUUACCAUGGACCUUUUCUUACUGGCCAUAUCAUCUGAUAAUAAUUAAUAUGACUAAUGUUUUUUUUUUUUUGAUGUCAAGAUUAUGAUUGCGAAGGCUUCAGAUGAAGACCCUACUUCUUAGGCGUACACUAAAGCC